AUGCUUUUAAGCAACAGAAUCCACACAGAUCCUGAUCUGGAGAGCACUUUUGCAUUCAAUUAUUUUAAAUUUGUCAAAACUCCAAAAGGUUAUCAAACUCAAGCAAGCAUGAUAGAAUGGAUCAAACAGGUGUUGAUUCCAUAUGUUAAUAUUGUUAGAACUGACAGUCAAAUCGAACAAAGUCCUUUAGUACUUGUAAUGGAUGGUCUCUCCACACAUUUCAAUGAUAUUGUCAGAAAUGCGCUUCAACCAAUUGAACCUUUCAUUUUGGUAGCAUUGCCUCCACAUUCGUCGCACAGAUCCCAACCAUUAGAUAAUGUAUGCUUUGCUACAAUGAAAAAUGCUUUCAAAAAUAUCAAACCACGCAAAGACUUAACAGACUUUUCGGCAAAAAUUGUCAGGAUAAAAGAAGCAAUUGACAGGUCAUUUACCAACGAAAACAUAAUCAAAUCUUGGGAAAAUUGUGGAUUCAACAUAACAUACUUUAAAGGUUUUAUUGUCAAAGUUUCGUGGGAUGAAUCAUUUGGCAUGACAUUAUUGAACUAUGCAAAUCAUACUCAUGAAAAUAAUGAAGCAGUUUAA